AUGAGAAGCGAAUCUUUCGAGUCUUUUAAAAGAGGGUUGAAGAGCGGAAUGUGUACUUAUUCAAGUGAAAAAGAUUUGUUGCAAAAUCAUUUUAGAGAAUGUUCAACUUCAACUGCACUUUGCAUUGUUUCAUUUUAUUCUAGAAAAUUUAAAAGCUUUUUAUCUGAGUUGGCAUUCUUCCAAUUAUUUUAG